CUAGUUUCUAUCAAGACAGGGAGUGUUUCCUUCCCUCACACUGAGGACUCAGGAGAGUUGGAAGCAAAUGAAAAAGGAUGGUUUGGCAGAAACGGAUCCUAAACAAAGAUGAGCUCCAGCACUAUUGUUGCUACUAAUUCCUUACAGUGCAUUUCUGGCAUGCCUGAUCGUAAGGAGUCCAGUUGAGCCAGGGGAUUCUCAUUAAUACCUCCACUGUAAAGAGCUUUUAUUGAGAGCUGGAACUUGAGAGCAGUGAGUGGUUAUCUGAGCUCCAGAGGGAUGUCUCUCCGGAGGCCAUCUGCCCACCAACGAAGCGCGCCAGGCUGGAGGAAGUCAGGAGAUGAGUCCUGCUGGGAGAGCUUGAUAUCAGAGGGGGAGUACUUGCCCCGUGUUUCUCACCCCCCAUGUACACGUCGGCGGCCCCAGAGUGCCAUCGAAGGAGGCCAGCUGGACGGCUGGCUGGAGCACCUCCAGAGGAUGCAGAGCGACCCCCUCAGAGCUCCAGUUCACGAUCAUGUUCCAGUUUUCAAUGCUCGGACAACAUCCAUGGCAACGCUCGACAGAGAGCAAGCAGGACGUACCUGGAGGCCUCGGGGGACUCCAUCCUACAGCAGGGCUUCAUCUUCAUGCGGAAGUCCCAGUCUGUAUGAGAGUUCACUGGGGAGCCAGGAGUCCCUCCAAACUGGUGUUUUCCCUUCUUCCGAGCGCAGGGGAAGCUGUGAGAGAGUUCAUAUCAUGCAGGCCCCGAGGAAGGAGCAGGCUCAGCUCAGUUAUGUUGCUCCGGUCAAAAUUGGGUGGCUGCCAAUCCAAAGAAGAGUGAUGAUGGUGGCUGAUGCUUGCCAAAACCAGGUAAAACUGAAACAAGCCAUCACUCCAACAUUUCAGAAAAAUCGAACUUCAUCCAAGGUCCAGGAUGGAGAGGUAGAGGGAACUCACGCCAGUCCGAGUGCUUUAGGUGUGAGGACGUCGCAGCUGACAGCUGAUCGAGGCUCUCCUGUUAUCAAACAGGUGCCAGAAAAACAGAGCUGUCCUGCUAACGAAGGGAGCAGACCACUGGGCUGGCAGGCUCUGAGGCGAGGCUGGAAUACUGUCAGGGCGUCAGCUUUCCCUGGAUGCAGUCGGUCCAUCGAACUCCCCUCGGGGACCAGCUCAGAUCCCAACGGGAAGUCCCCUCCGAUGAAAACAACAAGCGUACAGACCCUCAAGUAUGCUCCUCUGCAUCGAACGACUUCUACUGAACCCUGCAGACCGCAAACUCUUACUCAAGGGACAAACAGCGCUGAGGCAUUCAAGCCCCAUACUUCUUCACAUAAGACAAACAGUGCUCAGCCAAUAAGGGCAACAGCCCCACUGCUCAGAUCAAACAGUAGCUUGCAGCCCACGCACAUCCAGACGAGCUCUGCUGUGACCACACUCAUCCCUCAGAACAAAGCUGGCUUCUCCUCCAUCACUAUAUCUUCCAGGAAAGUGAGCAGAUCUGCCAGUCUGCCCAGCUCCAGUCGCUCUUCCCUGUCUGGUUCUCCGCCCCCAACCCUCCAGUCCAUGGAUCCAAACUCCAGCCAUUUCACAGUGCAGAGGAAGGCCACUAUAGUCAAAGUGACGGAGCAGAGGGUGAUAUCCAGCCCUGUCCCAAGCAUAAAAAGUGCAGGCACACCACCAGCGAGCCAGGGUUUGGACACAGUAGUCCAGAGAAGAAAGGCUACCAUCAUCAAAGUGACAGAGCACAGGGAGAGCUACAGUCCAGCCAAGGUGGGAUCUGGAGCGAGGCGCCCAGAGUACAGGCACAGCUACACAGAAGGAGCGUACAAGGACAGCAACACACGGGAUCAGGGAAACCAUUCACAGCACACGGCAGGGCCAUCGUAUCACCAUGUGGAAUCCACAAAGAAUCCAAACCCCUCUGUAGCUCCAUAUCCAGCCACCUCAGAUCUAGAGAAAAAUGGUGGAACUCUGCACCGGUCAACACUGAGCCUUUUUGUGAGCAGCCCUCCUGCCAUAGCAUCGCCCACUCCCUCAGAGGUUUCUCCUAAAGCUGUCAGACAGAGAUCGGGCAGGCCGCACAGACCACUGAGCUGCUAUGGCAAUGUGUUCGGUCACACCGAGCCAAGCAGGGAGAAUGUGACGCGCCAGCCUGCCAGGAAAUGGAGCUUUGGGCUUCCACAAGAGACCGAUACCAGCCCUGUGAACCCCAGCAGUCCUUUCAUCAGCCCUGGAAUGGCAGCGAGAGAAGCAGGUCAGCUAGUGGCACACACCCUCACACCAAACAGAAGCAAGGAAGAAAGAAUGGCGGCACCAGAGGCUGCAGCGAAGAGAGCGUCCCCCUGUCUGACUCUCAUCCAGGCCCCUGAUCCCAGCUCACAUCAGUCUCCAGAGGAAGUGCUCGCACUCAACGCAGCAGCCGUCAUAGCAAACAUCAAACUCCAAAGACAACUCAGCAAGAAGAAAACCCCAAAUGGAAAUCCUGCAAAGGACUCCACGCCAUCACCCCUGGGAAAUACUGUAGUGACAGAGACGAGCAUGAAGACACAUCCUGAUCGAAACCCUGUCCAGCGUCACAAUACGCAACAUGCUGCUUUUGUUCCGCUGAGUGUUGACCACGAGACGUCACGUAAAACCGUUUCUCUACAGGAAGCGCUGCAGAGGUCCAGACCAGACUUCAUCCGCCGCUCCCAAGGCCGACAGCAAGAACUAGAGCGAAGGACGCAGGAGAGGAAGAAGUGGGUGGUUUCGGUCAACGGUCGAUCAAGUGUCGCUACCAGGCAGAGAAGAGCCCACAGUGUGCAGUCUACCUCUGUGAAAGAUAACCCUGUCAAACCUAGAGAUAGAGUCAUUACUGGGAGAGAGACGCAUCUCGGAUCCAAGCGCAGGUUUGCAGAGGUGAAGAGAAAAAAGGAUGAAGAGAAGAACAGGGAGGUGUGUUUGACCAACAGACAGCGGGUUGAACUUUUCAAAAAGAAACUGUUGGAUCAGAUCCUCCAGAGGAACAGCAACUGAAUGACAGGCGAUGGCUCGACUGCAGCAUCGUGUAACUGACUGAAGAUGUGAACUUUGCCUUUUAACUGAACAUGAGUUUAAAUAUCAGUGUCAGCAGUGAUAUCACUCGAGCCCUUUUGUUUUCCUCUUUCGUUACCAAUGCAUUUGUGAUACAGAGCUGAAAAAUCUGUUCUUUCUUUCUGAACAGUAAGUGCAUGGAAAUCUUUUGAAAAACUGGAAGGUCGUCUAACAUCAAUUACCUUUGUUUUGAAGAGUUUUUUUCUCAACUUCUGUCCAAAAACAAUAUGCUCUUUAAAAAAAAAACAGUUUUCCUUGUUGCAACAAUACUUUAUGCUCCACAACAAAAGAUGUUUGGCCGAAGUUGCAUAUCUCCUUGCUCAUUUGAAUAGAUAAAUACCUAAUGAUACAUUUUGAAAUGGUUGUUUAUGCAGAGGAGGUUUAAAGGAUCUUCUAAAAAUACCUUCAAAACAAUUAUGUGUUGUCAAACGACCAUUUGGGUGCAGAUUUCCAUCCUCGCCAUUCUUCGGACUGGAGUAACAAAUGAAUAUGGUCCAGAUGAGUGUAUGACAUCAUGUAUCACCACUGACACUGAUGAACAGACUGACUGAUCCCACUUUGAUGUUACAUCCACAACAAAGUCAUUCAUCAGCGUUAUCUUGUUUUCACUCGAUUGUAAAUCGCCAUUCUCUCCAGAAUACUUAGUGUAAUGGGACGCAGAGGAACCUCUGGCUGCACGAUGAAGCACUGAUGUCCUCACGCAUGCAUGCAGCCACUUUCACAUGAUCUCAUGUGAUGCGAGGCAAUGACAUAAGACAAAAUAAUUCAUUAUGCUCCGCUGUCCCAUCCAGGACAGUCUUCAACCGUCCUCAUUAUGCAACCAAUAAGCAGACAGAUGCCUGAUGUGGGCCCUGCUGUCAAUAGUGCCAGCUAUUAGCAGUAAGAUGGAGGAAUGUGACCCCUUCUCACUGGAAAUGCUCCGUUAAUGGACAGUGGAGUUUUGAAAGGAGCUUUUGUCCCAUGAUGGACAGCGGACCUGCCACCGCAGAUUUAGAUUUGUGUGUUUUGAUCCAAAGUGAAUGUGCUGCUCGACAACAUGAUGGAGCUGGCCAUAAAUCAAGAAUGAGCCGUAUGAAUAUUUAUUUUUCGGGAGCCACAGACAACACAGCAGAUGCUCUCUCCAUCACUCUUUGCUGUUAUUUGACUCAUUAGCCUUUAAGUUGCAGCUCUAUCACAGUCCAGCUGCUUCAUCCGUCUAAAUUUGUACUGAUGUGUCGGAGAAGAGAGACAACUGCUAAUGACUAUUUUUGUAAACCUUAUUUCAUGUCUGUACGUAUCAAUGUGUGGGUGUAUUUGGACAGUGGGUGUCAUUAUUAACUGUUUAUUGUUUUCUCUAUUUAAAGAUAUAAUUGCUAAGCAGUCUACCCGAUGGUGACAAAAAGAUGGUUUUACUGUGAAAUGUGAUAUCGACAUGACAGAAUUCUUUAUAC